AGCACAAAUACGGGGGAGACAUGACUGCCUGCUGGGCCCUAAUACUGCUCUCCGGGCUCCUGGCGCUGGGAAGGUCCAGCCCGGUCCAAACACAAGAAGAUAUUCAGGUCCAGGAGAAUUUUGAUCUCCAAAAGAUUUAUGGGAAAUGGUACGACGUCGCCAUAGGCUCCACCUGCAAAUGGCUGAAGCUCCACAAAGACAAGUUAAACAUGGGGACACUGGAGCUUAGCGAGGGGGAGGCGGACGGGGAGGUCCGGAUCGUGAACACAAGGAUGAGGCACGGAACCUGCUCUCAGAUUGUUGGAGCCUAUCAGAAGACUGAGACCCCAGGGAAGUUCGACUACUUCAACCAACGGUGGGGAACCACAAUCCAGAACUACAUUGUCUUCACCAACUACAAUGAGUACGCCAUCAUGCUGAUGAGGAAGAAGAAGGGCACGGAGACCACCACGACUGUCAAGCUGUACGGGCGGAGCCCAGACCUGAGGCCGGUUCUCAUCGAUGAGUUCCAGCAGUUUGCCCUGGCUCAGGGCGUUCCGGAAGAUUCCAUCUUCACCCUAACAAACAGCGGUGAGUGCGCUCCGGGGGAUAUUGAAGUGAGACCCCGGAGAACUCAGAGGGCGGUCCUUCCCGAGGAAGAGGAGGGGUCUGGAAUGGAGAACAACCCCCUAUCCAGAAAUAAGGGAGACUCCUGUAGGUUGGCCCCGGCCCCGGGCCCUUGCUUGGGCAUGCACAGCCGCUACUUCUACAACUCUUCCACCAUGGCCUGCGAGACCUUCAAAUAUGGCGGCUGCCUGGGGAACAACAACAACUUCCACUCCGAGAAAGAAUGUCUGCAAACCUGCAGGACGGAAGCUGCCUGUCGGUUGCCCAUUACCCCCGGCCCAUGUAAAGCGGCCAAGACUCAUUGGGCCUUUGAUGCGGCACAAGGAAAGUGCGUGACAUUCGCCUACGGUGGUUGCCAGGGUAACGGAAACCAGUUCUACACCGAGAAGGAGUGCAAGGAGUACUGCGGGGUAGUGAAGGAUGUGAGUGACGAGUUACUGUAAUUUAUAAACCAAUCAGCAAGCCGUGAACCCACUGGGGGGGCGCUAUCCCCCCAUUCGCCAGAGGAACCCGCAAAACAGCCAAUUGGCAGCCGCCCCCCCCCCCCUGUAAAUCUGAUGGGAGGAAACAAGAUGAUCUUUGGCCUUGGGGGGUCUGUGAUGUUUGGGGGGGCAGCUUGAAGCCAAAUACCCUUAAUAAACUGUUAUUCCAA